AUGGUUAGCGCUAUUCUGGACUCCAUGGUGGCCAAAGACCCAUUCAGGUUACCGCUGGCAGAAGUCUACAAAGCCACCGAAAACACGCAUCCAGCAGCGCUGAACAUGAUGGCUCUUUGGCGUACCGUCACCAAAGCAGGCCUUCCGAGCCUCCUAGCAAUUGAUACCACCCAGAGCCAGGCAUUCUUCUCCCUCGCCAUAAGUGAAGGAAGCAACACGACACAAUCCAUGCUUCAGGGCCGAAUCAAAGUGGAAGACCAGUUGUUAACCGAGUUCGAAUUCUACGUUAACCGUGGCCGCGGCGACGACGGCUUCGCCUUAGAUACUGAGAAUCUUGCGAGCAACUACAAGCGGUGGCAAUCCCCACCAUCUAAUCGGCAGAAGGCGAGCCGGGCACAGCUAGAAGCUAUAGCUGCAGCAAGCUUCAAUGCGAACGAUAAUACAACUAUCGAUAUCGCCUCCGACUGCCAAUUCACUGAAGCUGGCUGGAUUGUCAAAAAUGCAGCGUGUAACUGGAUGUCCGAUCGUCCUACGGAUCUGAAUUACCGAACGCCAGUUAUUGACGAGACUUUGGGCAUAGUCGUGACAAUUGGCGUCGUCCCGGGUAAAGUUUACCCCUACGCAACCUUCUCCGCCUUCAUACCGAACUCCAUGAAGUCUUCGCAGGAAACACAGGAUGAGUGGUACGCAAUACAGAAGUCAGAGGGCUAUAUCUACUUGGUAGAGCCAACCGAAGCUUUAGGGUCAACUUGUUAUGUCUUCCAAUAUUACAAUAAUCACCUUCAGGGCGAGCAGUUCAAUGUUUUUCUUACUGGUCCGCGAAAUGGAACGGCAUGGGCUUAA